ACAUGAGACAUCAGAGUCAGACAUUAUCUUCCAGACGCAGCUCUGCCUCUGCUGAUGAAUGGAAAGAGAAGGGCUGGAACUUCACAGAGAUCAGCAGCCACCAGCUGGCUUGCAGUAAGGGACUGAGUCUGAGAGGAACACUGGAAGGAGCUGCAGCUCAGCUGCUACACUGGCCCCAGACACCCAGCAUCUUCCUCUGUCCUUUCUUCCUCCCCUCUGCCGCCCCUCCUCUCAGCUGAAGGAUCAUUCAUGACAGAGUGCUGGCCUGUGCUGUGCCCAGGCGCCCCUAG